AUGUCAGUACUCUUCCGUUCUGCCACUCAAUCGCUUAAACAUGUCAGAUCAUUCUCCGUAUCUGCUGCUCGUUCAGAUUUAAAUAAGAUCCAACUCAUUGGACGUAUUGGUGCUGAUCCUACAAGAACUGAAGUCGGAGACCGUCAUGUCACCAAGUACACAGUUGCAACCUCUGAAACAAGACCUGAUAAAGAAGGCAAUUUGAUCAAACGUACUCAAUGGCAUCGUAUUGUCUAUUGGCAAGCAGGUGAUUGGUUCAACAAGGUCAAGAAGGGUGAUCAAGUCUAUGUAGAGGGCACUCUUCGUUACAACGAUUAUAUUGAUAAGGACAAUAUCCCCAGAACCAAGGCAGAGAUCAAUCAAACCUCUUUCAAGUUGUUAAAUGCUUCACGCAGCCAAGCACAAGAUGAGGACGACGAAUAA